AUGGAGGCUUUAAGCAAGUUGCGAGAGGCCGUCACGACUGGCAAACCGUUGAAUUUAGUCAUAGUGUCGGACUCAGAGACCACCACCGAAUCGGUCAAAGAUGCAACCCAUGUAAAGUUUGGCGACGAUGCCAAACUUUACUCACUUGAUGAAGUUACGAACUUUUACAACGAAGAUGUUGCUCAGCCACUCCGUGCAGUGAUCUUUUGCUGGUUGCAUGACAAGUCUUCCAUUGUGGACUACAAAAAUGCAUGUUUGGAGAACGGUAUUCUGGACUUUAAGUUCUUGGUCAAGGCAGAGUUGACCACCUGGUUGAACGGAAGUUCCGACACUUGCCAGUUCAUCAAAGAUGACAAAAAGACAAACGAAAAGGCUAACGGGUCUGCUUCACUGGGGGAAGCUGCGAAAAAGCGCAAAUUUGACGACCCACAAUUGGAUCGUAUUUCCGAGCUCGAGAUCGACUCAGUUGACCACAAUGCUGCUUUGCGAGGCACCAAGAAUGUCAAUCUAAAAAACCUCAUUUCCGACGCCAAGAGGUUCUCCUCGCAGUUGAAGAAGUCCAAAUCUUCUAAAUCUGCGCUUGUUGGCGCUCAUAAGGCUGCCAAGAAGCAGCCUAUUAUCAUCAUAUCUCCAGCCACCACCGCUCUACUUUCCUUGAGCAACAUCAAAGAGUUUUUGGAGGAGGGUCGGUUUGUAGAGCCUUCCAUGAAGAGAUCUGAUAAUGGAGUGGUGAUCGUCAAUCACGAGUCCGAAAAGUUGAUUCCAACAGCACAGUCUAUAAUGGUAGUGGAUAAUGUGGACUUGUUCACCAAGCCGGAGUACUGGGACAGAGUUGUGGCAGUGUUUACCACGGGCCAUGCAUGGCAGUUUGCCAAGUACAAGUACUCCAAACCAGAGAUUCUUUUCCAGAAGUAUCCAGGAUUCUUCGUUUCCUAUCAUGGCGAUGUAAUUCCAAAGCAGAUUUCCGACUGGAAUGUUUCUGUGGUGCAGGUGGAUAGAGGUGAGAAGAGAUUUAGAGACAAGAUGAUUGUAAGGGACUUGUGGAUUCAGUUGGAGAAGAUCCUCGUGGCCAGGAACUACGGCACUGAGUAA